AUGGCGACCUUACUAAUUGGCGAUACUGUUUGCUAGUUUUGGAGAGGUUAUCAUAUCUUUAGGUUGGGGUGAUCGAAGGUAAUCAAUUUCGAAUCCUAGCUAGGCCUAAUCGCCCGCGCAUCGAAGGAAUUUUGAGGAAUGGCCCUGCGGACGAGACUAACAUGAAGUAUUGUCCGGAGACCAGAUACAGUAUGUCUUCUGGCUCAAUUCAAUUUCAAUCUGAUCAGAAUUGAAUCAAUUGAUAUCAAAUGUUCCUUUUUUAUGGUGCAGAAUUUCGUUUCAGAAAGUUCCUUUAAAAAGUUUGUUAUUGGUAAGGUUUUUACUUGAAUUUGUACUUUAUGUUAUAAACAUUCUUUUAAAUAGAAAAUGUUUAUUCCAUGAUAUAUUGACAUAGUACCAAAGGUACCUUCAUCUUUAUAUGGCACAUAUUUUAUCAAUAUAUAUGCAGUUAUGCACAUAUAUAGCGUUUAAUUGGCUGUAAAAUCAGGCUAGCCUUUUGGCUAUAAAACCUUUCUAACAAUAUAUACAUUUAUAUAAUUUUAUAAUGUUAUUUGUGUUAUUUGUUAUAACACACUAGUUUAAAUAGUGAUGUGGGUAUAUCAGUGGAUAAAUACAAUUAUAAAUAAAAAAUUAUUUGAAAUUUGUGAUAUGUCAAAUAUGCAAUAUGCAGUCAAGUGUACAAUAAUAGAGACUAGAGGUUAGAUGUUUAUGCCACACAACUAUAAACUGCAAAGGGCAAACCUCAAAUCACAUUUGUUUGUAAAGCUAAGUAGGUCCAGUGUGGAAAGUUUGUAUCGCGCAGCAGAUAUGAAAUCGAGUCACUGACUUCCUCAAUGAGUUACAUGACUGGAUUAUAGCAUAUUGUAAUGUUAUAGAGAUCGAGUCACUCUGUACGUAAUAUGAGUGAGACCGUCUGGAAUCAGACCAUUGUGACGAUCAAGGCAAAAUCAAGGGGUAUACACAACAUCACAGAGGAAAUACAGAAACUACCGCAACUGACUGGAUAUAAGAUUGGUCUUGCCAACUUGUGUUUACAGCACACGUCAGCAAGUUUAAGUCUUAAUGAAUGCUGGGAUACCACAGUCCGAGAUGAUAUGGAAAUGAUGUUAAAUAGACUAGCACCAGAAGAUGCACCAUAUAAACACCAAAUGGAAGGGCCUGAUGAUAUGCCAGGUAUUGUGCAAUGA